CUCAAAUCAAAACGGCAGAAAUCACGGCUGGUUGAUAAGCAAUCAAUCAGUUAUCACUGAUUGUUUGUUGCAACUGUUGCUCCCACAGGUUCCGAAACAGGUGAAAACGUUAGUUCGACGCGAUAAUUUAACGAGCGAUGACGCUUUGUGGAACGGUCGUCGUAUGGAUGUUGAAGUGAUUUCGACUGCGUUCUGUCUAGUGUUGUUGCUGUUCGGGUGCGCGGUUGCGAACCCCGUUGGAUUUACUGAGGAUGACCCUAGAAACAUAACGGAAAGUCUAGUGGUCGAAGAACGUGGCAAUGGAUACGAUAAUUACUUACCGCUUGAACCAGGAGCACCGUACAAUAUUCACCUGAAUGUGUUAAAAAAUGACGUGCAAAAGGAUCCUGAUUGCAUGUUGGGCAAUGCUUACAACUACAUGCCCUGGCUGUUUCCGAAUGGAUCACUCACAAUUAAAAACGAAAGCGUUGCGUUGGAUUUAUCCAAUCUGAUGCUUGGAGAUCGCGGACUGGUUUCGUUGGUUGACAGCUUGCACGAACUGACUAAUUACAGUAACAUACGCUAUCUGGCACUUGGAUUUAACCAGCUUACGCUCCUCCCCGUCAGCACUUUGAAACUUUUCUCAAGCCUUGAGUAUCUAUCUCUAGUGGGGAAUCCACUGGCGGAUUUCACACUAAAACUUGAGACUCGUCCCAAACUACCCAGUCUUCCAGCGCUGGUCUCGCUGGACAUGCGCGACUGUCGGUUACGGAAUUUUCCGACGGAUUUUUUUAACGAUGUUCCCAAAUUGCAGUAUCUUUUUCUGGCGUACAACUACAUCUCGAAAUUACCUGAGCCACUGUUCAAUCGGUUAUCUAAACUGACUCAUCUAGAUUUGUCCCAUAUGAACAACACCGAUCGGGAGGAGGAAUUGCGUGCUGAGAACCCGUUCAUGAAGUUGAUCGCCGGCAUGGAUAUGGAUCCAAACGUUUUCGAGCCUCUGGUGAAGCUACGCUUCUUGGAUUUAUCAUACACCAAGUUAGAGCUGAAAGCAUUCAUAGCGUUGAGUUCGCUGGGGACACGUUUGGAAUACGCUAGCUAUUGUCUAAUGGAAUUACCGACGCUUCUCGAUCAUCUCUUUCUGAUGAGAAGCAUCAAGAUGUUGGAUCUGUCUGGAUACAUCGGAGGAGGUCGAACGCUCAACAAGGGCAGUUUGACUCUGUUGAGAGACAGCUUGGAAGUGCUGUAUUUCAGGGACAGUGAGAUUCAUCGGUUGGAUUGGUUGCAAGGAUUGCACAAACUCCGGGUGCUGAAUUUGAGAGGCAACCUGGUGACAUCACUGAUUGAGGCUCCGUUUAAUGAUUUACCAAACUUGGAAGUUCUAGAUAUGAACUUCAACUUCGUGCAGUCUUGGCCAAAUGAAAUGUUUUCGCAAAAUCUUAAAUUAAACUUUGUUAGUUUACGGUACAACAACCUAAUGGCGACCACUAGCGCUAUGCUGAGAGAUUUCGAGGAUCUCAAAUACUUGGCGAUUGGUGGAAACUCACUGAAGUGUAGCUGCAACUAUGUUUACCUCAUGCAGGUGGCAGCUGGAAACUCGUCUGUGCUGGUGCUAGAGAAAAAUGGUACCAUAGACAGUAAUUAUACUCUCCCGGUUGAGUUUUUAGUUACGCAUGUAAAUUUGCUUGACUUUAAAGAUGAGGACUAUCGAUGUAUGGAUUAUACAACUAGAGUUAAAGUCAACCCAUAUGAGUUAACGGUAUGCGCACAUGAAGAUGAAGAUAACUAUAUAAAUACCGGUGAGGAAGAGCAAGAGUAUUUAGAAGAUAUCAUCGAAGACUACCUCGUAAUCUACAUUGUCGUUAGUUUUUUGUUCGUGCUGCUUAUGGGAAUUACUUUUUUUAUUUACUGGUAUUGGUUUUAUAUAAAAUAUUUUUGUGUUAUGUUCAAGAACUCUGCAAUAUUGAGUUUUUUCAAUGACGAUCAGUUGUACUUGGACAAAAGUUCGCUGAUAGAGGAAUCAAUGUACAACUAUGACGUAUUUGUCAGUUAUAGUGAAAAUGAUCGUUUCUGGGUGCUCGAUAGAAUGUUGCCUAUGCUGGAGCAGGACAGUUUUGUAUCAGUAUGUUUACACGAAAGAGAUUUCGAGGUGGGGUACAGUAUCUUGGAAAAUAUCAUAUCCUGUAUGGAUCGAUCCCGAUGCCUGAUGUUGAUUGUUUCGGAGAGCUUUCUCCAAAGUCGAUGGUGUCAGUUUGAGAUGCACCUAGCCCAGCAUCGCUUACUGGAGACACGACGUGACGAGCUGAUAUUAGUGCUGCUAGAGGACAUCCCUAAGCGCAAGUGCCCGAAAACGCUUAGCUACUUGAUGAAAACGAAAACUUACAUCAAGUGGCCGCGAGAGCGAGCGCAAGAGCAAGAGCUUUUCUGGAAACGCUUGCGUAGAGCUUUGACGACAUCGAAGCGUUAGCCCAUGGAUGAAGUCGUUUAGAUGGGUAGCAAAGUAGUUGUAGUAGUUAAAGAUGAAAUAAUAUUUAAAAUAUGGCAUUUGAUAAAUAAAUUUUAAUAUGCGCGGUACAUUUUCAACGGAUCUCAUUUAUCUUUACAAUAUAUUACAAUAAAUUGUGACAAAGUGGCUCAUA